AUGUUCGUGGAUGAACGGAUCGUAACCUUGUUUAAAAGGAACUUCCACCACACACUGACAUACUGGAGCGUUUUCUUUAGUUUUGGACUCUGCAUCGCUUUCCUUGGACCUACAAUUUGUGACUUGCAAAGUCAAACACACUCUACGAUUGAUCAGAUUACCUGGGUGUUCUUCUCCCAGCAGUUCUGCUUGUUGAUUGGCAGCUCUCUAGGGGGUAUUUUCAAGAGGACGUUGUUCAGUUCUCUGUCUGCCCUAUUUGUCUCUGCCUUGGUCAUCUCUGUAAUAUUUGCCAUCAUCCCACUGUGCAAUAAUGUUCUCCUACUGGCGGUUGCCAUGGCUGUGUCUGGGUUUGCAAUGGGAAUUAUUGACACCAUUGCCAACAUCCAACUGGUGACCAUUUAUCAGAAGGACUCAGCUGUCUUCUUACAGGCUCUUCACUUUUUCAUUGGCUUCGGAGCCCUGGUGAGCCCUCUGAUUGCAGAUCCUUUCCUCUCAGAGGGCGGCUGCGGGAACAGCACAGGGAAUGGGACUGGGGAGAUCAUGCAUCACGUCAGGCUCAUGCUGAGACACACUCCGAUACUGGAGCACAACAUCACUCAAAGCCACUUAACCCAUGCGGGGGAGGCAGAGGAGUCCAGUGUGCAUUAUGCCUUCUGGAUCAUGGCUCUUAUCAAUUUGCCGGUGCCCAUUGCAGUCCUGUUCCUAAUGUACCGAGAGCAGCUGAUCCCAUGCUGCCCCAGUAGCACUCCUGCACUUCUGGACAAAGAUGAACUAGCAAUGGAGCACCAGCAGGGGGCAGAGGGUGUUGAUGAGGAGCAGAGAGAGCAUGAAGCAGGAGGUCAUGGGGAUAUCUUUAGCUGCUGUCAGAAUGAUAACCUGCGCGGGCUGCCUGUAUCCUUCUUUAUGAUCCAUAUCCUUGGUGGGCUGGUGCUCUUCAUGACCGAUGGUAUUGUGGGUGCAUAUGCCGGCUUUGUGUACUACUACGGGGUAGCUCCGCCUAUGUCUCUGCCCCCUAAGACAGCAGGUUACCUGGCCAGCAUCUUUUGGGCAGCAAUCACAGCUGGACGUCUGUUGUCUAUUCCUCUCUCAUACCGCUUUCAGCCUGUGAGGCUGCUCAUGUUCAACCUGGCGGGCGCUAUUGUUACUGUGUUGAUGCUGCUUAUUUUCUAUACCAGCAGCGUCUUUUUGUUUGUCGGGACCUGUUUAUGUGGGCUUUUCCUCAGCAGUAUAUUCCCCUGUAUGCUGUCCUACACCGAAGACAUUCUUGAUUACCAGGGAUGUGCAACAUCAGUCCUGGUGACAAGUGCAGGGAUGGGAGAGAUGGUAAUGCAGGUUCUGGUUGGCUCAAUUAUCCACACUGAAGGCAGCUACAGCUUCCUGCUGUGCGGAAUGAUUAUAGCCUGCAUCGGCUUUAUCGUCUUCAUUGGUCUCCUGCUGUUCCAUCGAAUGCACAGAAAUUACCUCACAGGAACGACGAAAAAGUCUGCUAUGGUGGAAGAGCCAGCUACAGAGCAGGCAGGAUCUGCCAAAACAGAGCAGAAAGAGAGCAGCUGAGAGGAGCAGAAGCUGUGUUUUGUCCUUUACUGGCUACUGUAGAGGAUGAGAUAUCACAGCAAUUUAUCACCGGAGCCUUACAAAUGAUAAUUAUGCUGUUAUACUUUUAUUGUACUUGAAAUUAUGUUUUUAUGUUUUCCCUGUUUUUGUUUAAAAUUGUAAUCUUUAGUUUUUAACGUGUUCUGCAUAUUUUUUUGUGCACACUCACCUCAACAUCAAUACAUACUGUGUAAGAGUAAUGAAACACUGCAGUUGGUACAAUUAACAUUUAUACAAAGACAAUUCUGACACUGGAUUUUACUGUCUUAAGAAAACCACUAAGAAAAAAUGUGAAUAUGAACAAUAUAUCUGCACCAAAUAAAACUUUUGUUUUCUUUCCGUUA